AUGGAGAAGGAUGCCACUGCUCGUUUAAGGCGGGCAGUCAAAGAGAAUAAUCUAUUCCUCGUCAAGAGGCUCAUCAAGCGCACCGACCUUCGCAACCCCGACCCUGGCCCGACGCGCUACACCUCGCUCGCAUGGGCAGCCGUAUCCGGCCAUGAAGAGACAUUCGAGUUCUUGUUAAACGCCGGGCACGACGACCAGGAGCUGUCCAAGGACAGCGAGAACAAUACGAUCCUUAUUCUGCUGGCUGAGAUCAAGCCCCCGCCCAUCGGAGCGAAUAAUGGAGGGAAUGACAUUCUUGGUGCUGCAUUGAGGAUGGCGAGGUUGUACUUUGAACGGUAUCCGUAUAUUCUGGACUGGUCGAACUCGGAGGGGAGGACGGCGCUGCAUGUUGCGGCUAUGACGGGGAAGGACGAUAUGGUCCGGAUGUUGUGCGACUACGGUGCGGACGUGGACUUGACGGACAACGAGGGCAAUACGCCGUUGCACUACGCCAGUGCAUGGAACAACAUUCCUAUCGUGCAGUUGCUCAUCGAACGGGGAUGCCAGUACAACGCCCAGAACAACGAGGGGUUCACGCCGUCUGACUACGCGUACUCGUUCAGCACACGUGAGACGCUGCAAGAUACAGCACGAAAUCAGUUCGAGUACAACAAGAAGGCGAGGCGAAUAUUCGCACAGGCUGCAGCGAGAGGCUCGGAGUGGGUCGGCCCUGAUAGCAAGAUCGACAAGAAGCUUCCUCCAAGACCUGUCGAUGUUCAAGCCGGCGUACGCUUGAGGAGUGGCUCGGCUGCAAGCCGGAAUACUGCUACGUCCGAUAGCGACUAUGAGGGCCCACCCAGCGGUUUCUCGAACGGAUCGCAGUCUUCGAAGCCGCACUCGGCGACAUCGUUCUACCAGAACUCGUCCGGCACGUUCUCUUCGCCUUCGCACUUCCGCAACGGCUCGAUCUUGCAUCCACCCUUGACGAAUCCUGCUUCGGCUCUGACGCCUAUCGCCAAUAGGACACUGCAGAAAGAUGCGGAUGCAAUGGAGAAGUACAUGAAACGGAAUAGGAGCGGGAGCGCGUCGACGGAUAUCAAGUCGCAGACAUCGAAUCCAUCUUCGGCCGGCCCGUCAGCGAACGGCGAUGACAUUGCGAAUCUGCCAUUGAGCGGGUCCGUAGCGCCUCGACGACGUAUACGGCCUUCAGCGUCAGCAGCACAACUGCGAACGCCCAAGCCGCCACCUGGUUCAGCUGCAAUAGCAGAAGGCGUACGCAGUAGAGCCGGCACGAACCCCUCGACCAUCCGCGCCAACCCACCAACAUUCUCCCCUCCCUCCGGCGCACUACCCCUCCCCCCACCCGGCUCGCGCGCGCCCUCGCGAAAUAAGAUGACAGCGAAUGGUCCGCUGACUGAAGAGCCACAAACGUUCACGGGCCCGCCGAGUAAAUACGCGACGUUCCCUGAACCGCCACCGCCCGUUGAGACGCUCAUUACGAGCGGUGCGCCGGCGGGGGGUAAUGCGCAGUUGAGCGCGUCUACGACGCCGACGGCUAGUAGGCGGUUGCCGUUUCAUCAUAUUUUGGGUAAGCCGGCGCAGACGGCGAGUGUGGAUCAUUCGGCUGGACAUCGGCGGGGGUCGUCGAGCCAUUCGCUUCGUUGA